AUGGUAGGCUACAAAUCUAUGAUCAAAAUUGGAUCAAGUAAGUUCUAUGAGGCGUUAAAAAUUACAAUGUUUGAUAGCAUCAAAAAGAUUAAGAUGGUUGAUAGUGUUUUUAAGAAAGUUGAAAGUGUGAAAGCCUAUGUUUAUGAGGAGAUCAAGAAGGAAAUUAAAGUGGGAAUUAUAGGGAACAUUGAUCAAGUGACAACGAUACAAGGGUCAUUUCUCAUCAAAGAAGCGGCUUGCAUUUCACAAAAUACAAACACCAUUGAGCUGUUGAAGAAUGAAGAUAGAAUUAGUAUUUUACAGGAUGAUUUGCUUCUUAAGAUCCUUGAUUUGGUUGACAUGAAAACUGUUGUCAGAACCAGCGUUUUGUCCACAGGAUGGAGAUAUAUAUGGAAAUCCGUUUCCGUUAUAAAGUUAGCCAUAUGCGAUCCUAGAACUAAAAAGGCACGUUCAUUUAUAGAUUUCGUUAACACCGUAGUCCUACUUAGGGAUAUCUCAGACAUAAAGACGUUCGUUCUUAAUUGGGAUAGCACAUCCAAUGAACUAGCAGAACAUCUUACAUAUUGGAUACUGGUUGCUUUAAGUAGGAAUGUUCAAAAACUACAUAUAGAGAUCAACAGUGGGUUGACAUUCGCGCUACCUCAUCAACUCUUCAUUUCCCAAACAUUAACCGAAUUGACCCUGUAUUUUGGCGAAGGCACGUUACCCUCAGAUAUUUUCCUUCCCAAUCAAAUGUGUUUACAUCGACUCGAAUCAUUGUCUCUCAAUUCAUUUGGCGGCGGUAACGAUAUAACGUGGAUUAAUAAGCUAUUGUCAAGCUCUCCAGUUCUAAAUUCCCUUAAGAUAAUGGAUACGUGGGUUAGAGAAGAUGAUGCGGGAGUAAACGUCGAUUGUCCUCAGUUAAAGCAUCCGGAAAUAAUCAAUACAACUAAUGGUGUAAGUUUUAUGGCCAUGGUAAUCAAGUUAUCUACUCCGAGUCUCACUUCUUUCAUUCGUCAAGACUAUAUGUUACUGUUAAGAAUCUGA